AUGAGACGCUCUCUUAGAGGCGUCGAGAACACCAUGACUCGUAACAUGUUUCAGUUCAAUUAUCCACAUACCUUCCAGAAUGUCAACAAUUCUCACAAUAAUGCUCCUCAAAAAAACAACUACCCUAACAUCAAGAGAAAUUUGGCUGCAGGUGCUACUGCUCCAGAUGCUCACUAGAAUGUGAGAGAAUUCCCAGACUGGUACAAACCAUACACUUUGAAUUACACAUCAGAUGGAUAUCUAUAUGCUAUUCUUGGUGGUUUCGGAGUUCUUGGUUUGUGCUAUUUUAAUGACAUCAAGGAGAUGAAGGGACGUAAAUAAAGAAAAAUAUUUGCAAGAUCAGAUUUGACUGAGAGAAAACUUAGGAAAGAGAAGUAUGGAGCUGAGAGAAUCGCUGCAAAUGAUCCAGAGUUCACUAAAUUCCUUGUUAAAAAGGAGAGAUCUCAUGGCCACCACUGA